UCAAAAUGACAAAUUGGAAGAUGGCGUGAAUCAAACAUAAAUUUUAGUGACCUUGGACUAUAUUAUGCCAAUUAUUUCACGAUCUGGAUAUAACUCGACCCUUCCUAAAUACAAUCGUUUCUUAGAAGACAAUUACCAAAGAGGAUCGCCAAAAUCGGAAAAAAAGAAACUGAAAAAGGACUCAUCGACUGAAAAGAAAAGGAAACACAAGAAAAAAAGAGAAAACUACACUUGGAAUGACGGGCAAACUUCAUACGUUAGCACUGAUUGUGAGGAAGAAACCGAUCGCGAAGAAGACCAAGAAAUUUCUCAAUCAAACGACCAAAUAAAAUUGAUCUUCGAUAACAAUACCUCCGAUACGUUCGACAUUCCGGAUUGCGAGUCUUCCAGUAAAGACAUCUGCGAUAAAUGUCACAAACCCAUACGACCGCCGAUUCUUCAACAACCCCGUGAUGACGAUGAAGAAGAGGAGUCACAUUCUGAAAUAUUUGCUCUUGCAACUGCAACUCAAGAUUCAAAUAUAUCAGCAGCAUCAAUCAACUGCAACGAAGAACCGAAUGACAGAAAUUCCGGUAUUCAAACCAGCAGCUUGCUUAGGUUGUUUACAGACAAACUAUCGUCAGUGGCGUCCCACUUUGGAGUGGAAGGUUCUCUAACGAUCCAUAAACCACAACAGAAACAAGCACAAUGUGGAGUCAGUUUUUUUAACGAACCCCAUGGCAAAUGUGUAUGCAAAAACCCUAAGUGCCAACAAAUAGAUCGUGAUGACAAACAGGAAAGCUUCACAUGUACCAAAUGCGGACAGCGUAGAAAAUCUACCAUCAACUACAGAGAAGAUGUUAACACGAAGGAAAUUUCUUCUAAUACUACCAUCGAGUCCCAAAAUGGAUCUCGAGUCGACUUCCAAUCCCAAACCAGUUCAAGAAGAACAGCUCAAAGUGCACCGAUGAGUGAUGAUAGAGGAAAAGAUGGUCUAUUUAAAGAAGAUUAUUAUACAAAAUCGUCUGUUUCUUUUGAUCCAGACGUUACAUCACAAGAAGUGAACAAUUGCAAAAGUUCUCUUACAAAUGUCCAAACUUACAGUCCUCCAAAGUUCGACCGAGAAUCCUUAUACUAUAAAAACGAUAGACGUCCAGCGUCCGAAGAUUGCGACGAAGACGAAUAUGCCGAGAAUGUAGCAACAAAUAGAAAAAGAUGCAAAAAUAAAUACAAUAACAACAAUGACAAUUCCGAGAGUGACCAAAGCAUUUCUCGAAAUUGUUGCAGACGUCGUAAGGCAGUCGAUAAUUGUGGUUCAACUGGAAGAGUCAGGAGGAAGGGAUCUCAAUCUCGAAGUACUAGUAAAAACAAGAGAGAUCAGCCUACUUCUGUACCAAAAAGCAGAGAUGAAUGCACAAACGAAAUUAUUUUAGGAAAUUGUAAAGUAAGUGCUAACAGAAACUGUGACGAAAUGUUUCCACAAUCUCCUCUAGAAAUGAAAGGAUACGGCAAAGAGGAUUAUUAUUAUAAAACAGUGCCUUUUAAAGAACGAUUUAAACAUUGUAUGCCGAAAUUCAAUUCGACCUUUAAACGAUGUAAAACAAAAAGCGGCAACAGAAACAAAUGGGAGACAAAAACAACUACAGCAAUGGCCCAUGAUUCCCCCAUGGAAUGGAGAGACGUGAAUGAUGAUGAAGUCAGAUCAAGGCAAGGGAAAUCAAAAAAGAGAGCGGAAUGUGAAACCGAACACCAACAAUGUUCUAGUAGUAACACAAAAAGAAAAAUGAAAAAAAUUGAAAAGAAAAGUUCAAAAGAAUCUGUUUCUUCUAAACGAUCAGGAUCAUGUAGUAAAUGGCGUCGUUGAAAUUUUCUGACUCAAAUAAAGCUCUUUUCGACUGCGUA